AUGCAAACAUAUAAUAGAAAUAUAAAUUGUAGAGACAGAUUUAAUAAUCUAUUAUUUAAUUAUCAAGAUAUUGAAAAAAAAGAAACAAAUUUUAGACAAAGAUUUGUAAUUGAUAUGUCAAAGAGUGUGAAUGAUAAAGAAAGUAAUAUGAAAGAAGAAAAUAUAUUUGAAAAAAAUAUCCUUACAUCUGUAGAAUCUAUUAAAAAUGGUAAUACAGUACAAGUAGAUAAUGGUGUGUCUGAAAUAAAGAUAAAUAAAGAACCCGUUAUUUUAAUAGAUAAAAUUGAACGUUGUUUAGUAGUAGAAUGGUAUGAAAAUGAUAUAAGAAGAGAACAAAGAAUAUCAUAUAAAAAAUAUGGUAAUGAUAAAGCUAAACUAAGAGCAAAAGAAUUAAUAGAAAAGUUAAAAUCAGGAAUUACAUUUGAACAAUUAUAUCCAGAUAAAGGGCCACCAAUUGUAAAAGUAUAUGAAAAUGUAGGAGAUUAUAAAGUAUCAUUAAUUAGAGAUAGGAUAGAAAGAGAAUGGAGAGUUGAAUGGAUAGAUAAUGGUGAACAUAUGAAAGCUAGAUGGUCAUGUAAAAAAGUUGGAAAUGAUGAAGCUCAAAAAAGAGCAGAUGCAUUUGCAAAAAGUAUGAUAAAAGGAAUUUUUAAUCCAAUAUUAUUACACAAAGCAACUGGAACAAGAUUUUCAAGAUCUGAUCAUACCGUUGUUAAAAUAAAUGUAUAUAUGAAAAAAAAUAUAAAAAGAAAAAAAAAAACAAAAUCAACUAUUGUGAAAAAUGAAAAGAAUACACCAAUUUCGACGGGAACAAGGGAAGGCUUGAGACGUUCCAGAAACAAUAACGCUAAUGCUAAUAUCAAUAAUAAUGGAAAUGGUAAUGACAAUAAUAAUGGAAAUGGUAAUGACAAUAGUAAUGGAACUGGUAAUGACAUUGCCAACAUAAAUAAUGGAAACACGGCGGGAAAUAAACACAAUUCUAAUAAUGAAGAGAAUACAACAUAUUAUAUAAAUACAUGUGAAAUUAUUAAACCCAAAGAAGAUAAUCCACCAAAAAAACGAACAUAUACAUUUAGAGGGAAAGGUGGUAGAAAUACACGAUUAAGAAAAUUGUCUAAAAACAAUAAUAAGAUAUCUACUAAUGUUAAUAAUGGAAAUAAAAAAGGAAAAGGAAAUAAUCAAUACAAUGAUCCAAAUAAUCAAUACAAUGAUCCGAAUAAUCAAUACAAUGAUCCAAACAUAUAUACAAUUAAGAAUCAACAAAUUAUAAAUAAUGGAACUAAUUUAUAUGAUAUGUCUUUAGAAAAAAAUGGUAUUAUAUGGAAUAAUAAUAAUGGUGAAGUAAAUAAUAAUAUAAAAGAUAUUUAUUAUAAUAUGCAAAAUAUAUGUGAACGAUAUCAAAUAAAUAACAUCAUACACAAUGGUGUAGAAACAGAUAUGAUAGAUACCAAUUUGGAAGGAACAAAAUAUUCUGUGCACAUUCCUUAUUUAGAUAAUUACAACAAUAAUAAUAAUGGCAAUAAUAAUAAUGGAAAUAAUAAUGGAAAUAAUAAUGGAAAUAAUAAUGGAAAUAAUAAUAAUGGCAAUAAUAAUAGCAAUAAUAAUAAUAAUGGUUAUGGGUUUUUAAAUUAUAAUAUUGAAAAUAAUUUACUAACUAACCAAUAUAAUAUAAAAAAUAAUUUAAGAAAUUUAUAUCAAUGUUCAAAUUCAAACGGUUUUAUAAAUAAUGGGUUAUAUGCAAUUGGGAAUAUGAAUAAAGAUAUGAAUUUGAUUUGUGAUUUUAACUUAGAAAAUAAGAAUUAUUAUCAUAUUAAUAAUAAUAAUAAUAAUGAUAGAUGUUUAGUUAAUAAUAAUAAUAAUAACAUAAUAAAUAAAAAUUCCAAAUUCGAAGAUGGGAAUCUUAUAAUAGUUUCUACUGAACAUAUUAACUGUGAUAUUAUACAAAAUGAUAAUAAAAAUAAUAAUAUUUUAAGUUCAGAAAUAUAUAGAAAAGAUGUAUUGAAUGAUGAAGGAAUAAAUGAUGAAAAUAAAUUAGAAGCUUCAAAAAUAAAUAAUAUAAAAAAUUAUAAUUCUAAAAGAAAUGAAAUAAUAUCUGGGGAAGGAAAUAAUGUAAUAAAUGUUAUAGAUGAAAAGAAAGAUAACAUAAAUGAUUUUUCUAUUUUUCAAAAUGAAUCAGAAGUUAAUUCUAGUUCUAAAAUAGAUUUACACACAAAUAAAAUAGUUACUCGAAAUGAAAGCAAUGAAAAUAGUGAAAAUAGUAAAAAUAGUGAAAAUAGUAAAAAUUGUAAAAAUAGUAAAAACAGUAAAAACAGUAAAAAUAGUAAAAAUAGUAAACAUAUUUUGAAUGAAGCUCCAUUUUAUUCUACAAUACAUAAUGAAAAUUUAAACCAAUUUGAAUAUAUUGUUAAUAAAAAUUAUGAUUUUUAUGAAUCUGAUAAUGUUAAAAAAAAUGGUAAAAGAAUAAGUACAAUUAGUAAUGGACAAAAUGAAAAAAAUGAACAAAUAUAUGAGUCAUUAGAAAAUAACUUUUUUGAUAAUGGAAGUAAAACUAAAACAUCUAUUCAAAAAAGAAGAACCAGAUAUUCAAGUUUAAGUAGGCUAAAUACAAAUGAUCAUACAAUAUGUUCUAAUGAGACUCUAAAUAAUAAUUAUGAUUAUUUAUUUAAUAAUGAGAUAAAUGAAAGUAAGGAUAUAAAUAAUUUUUAUAAUUAUUCAGGACAAGAUGAUUAUAUGAACACAUACAUAAUUAAUAGUAAUGAUUCGAAUUUAAGAAUAGAUGAUAAAAAUGAAAAAAAAAAUAUGAAUGAACAUAUUGAAGAAGGAAAAAUAUAUCAAGGUUAUAAUGAUAUGUUAAGUAUAGAUGAAAAAUUGAAAAUAAAUAAUAGAAAAGAUAAUAAUAAUAAUAAUAUAUAUAUAUAUGAUAAAGAUUAUAAAUAUGAUAAUAAUUUAAUAUGUUAUGAAAAUAUAGAAUUAAAAAAAUUAAUUCCUCAAAAUACUUCGAUCGAAUUUGUACAAAACCCACGAGGAUAUAGAGUUCCAUAUAUUUAUCAAUAUAAAAUGUUUUAUGAAUAUUUUGAAAUUCCUUUUAAUGCACCCAAAAAAUUAAAAAUUCAACAAAUUUAUAAUGCACUAUUAUUUUGUUUACAUAUAUUAUCAGUUGGUUGGAAUGUUAAUAAAAAUGAAUCUAUCGAAAAUUAUUUAAAUGCAUUAUCUAACCCAUCUUUUAAAAAUAUAGUAAUGAAUAAUUAUAUGACAGAUUCUGUAGUUAAUAAUAUAUAUAAUGUCGGAUACAAUUUAUCUAAUUCUAAUUAUAAUUAUAAUAAAAUGGGAUCAAUUAAUGAUCUUAAUAGUAAUUUAUUUUCUUAUACAUCUUUGAAUAAUAUAAAUAUGUAUAAUCAGAAAUAUUUUACAAAUAAUUUAGAAAAUGUAAAUAUAGAAUCAGGUUUAACUACUAGUACAUCUAAUAUAGAUGGAACUUAUGUAUUAAUAGACAAUGUAAAUGAUUCUGGAAUGGUGAGUAACUCUAGUAGGAUAAAUAUAAAAGACGAAGCUUGUUUGAGCAAUAGCAUGAGCAACAGUGUAAAUAUUCAGAAUUAUAGCGAAAAUAAAAAAUUCGAAGAAUUGAACAAUGUAAGAAAUGUAGUAGGUUUAAAUAAUAUAAGAGAUGGAAAAUCAAUUCCUGAUAUGAUAUAUUUGAGAGAUAUGAAUAAUUUAUAUAAAGGUUCAAUUUUAUAUAAUAUAAAUAAUGGAGAAUAUGAUAUUAAUAAUAUGAAUAAUAUUAGUUUGUUUAAUGAUAUAAACAAUUCAUUAUAUAUAAAUUAUAUUCCUAAUAAUAAUUUAGAAAAUAUUAAUAAUCAAAAAAUGAUUAUAUAUUCAAAUGAAUUAAAUAAUAUAACAAAUAAAAAUUAUAUAAAAAAUGUGAAAAAUAAUGUUAAUAUAUAUCGAACUCAUAAUUUUGAUGAUAUAAAUUCUACUCCUAAUACAGAAUAUAAAUUAAUAAAUGGUCAAGACAUAUCAAAAAUAGAUAAUAUGAAUAUUGGUUAUAGUUUUAAUUAUGUGAAAGAUAAUAUAAAUUGUGUAAAUUUGAACAAUUUGAGUGUAAUGAAUCGAAUAGAUAUGGGUAAUGUAAAUGGUCAGCAUCUACAAAAUAUAAAUUAUGGUGUAGAAAUAAAUAAAGGUUUUAAUUAUUUAAAUAAUGAUGAUAAAACAAAUAUAAUUAUGAACAAUGAUUUGGUAAUUAAGGAUGGGCAAAUAGGUUCUAAAGAAAACAUAUCAGAUUCGUGUUAUAAAACAAUAAGCAAUAAUAAUAGUAGUAAUAAUAGUAGUAGUAAUAAUAGUAGUAGUAAUAAUAGUAGUAGUAAUAAUAAUAGUAGUAAUAAUAAUAAUUUAAUAUAUCAUAAUAAUUACCAAUUGGAUGAAUUAAGGGAUAAUUGUUUUGUUGAUUCGUCUUUAUCUGGUUCUAAUAAAAAAGAAGGAGACAUAGAUGCAACUGAAAAUUCAAUUAAUAAUAAAAAUGAUUCUAAAACAGAUGUAAAAGAAAACUAUGAUAAAGAAAAUGUAGAUGUAAUAAAUCGAAAUAAUAAUUCUUUGAAUGAAUCAAAUUGUUAUACUAUGAAAAAUUAUAAUGAUUCUAUGAUCGAUAUGAAUAUAAAUGAUUAUUAUCCAAAUUUGAGUAUGAAUGGGAAUAAUAAAAUAGAUGUGGGUUCAAAUUUAUCUAGAACCCAUGAAUCUAAAGAUAAUAAUACAAUGGGAAAUAAGGAAUAUAAUAAUGUAAGUAAGGAUGAUAUAAAUUUAUUAGAGGAAAAUAUCAACAAUACUAUUGUCACAAAAAAUAAUGAUUGCAUAAAUAAAAUAUAUAUAAAUAAGCAAAAUGAAGAUAAUGGAAAUGAUAGCAAAGAAUGUUCUUUAAAAAAAUGUUUAGAUCAUGAGCAUAAGCCUGAUAGAGUUGGGAAAAAUUGUAAUAAUGUUGGAGAGAAUGAUAUUAUAGUCAUUCCAAAUUUGAUAAUUAAUAAUAAUGGUGAAAAUAGUAGUGGUGGAAAUAAUAAUGGCGAAAAUAAUAGUGGUGAAAAAGAAAAAAAGAUAGAUGAUAAUAUUAUAAAUAUACAAACACAAUUUAAUGUUAAUAAUUCGUGUUAUAAUUUAAAUAUAAGGAAUAAUGAAAAUGCUCAAAAUGUUAUUAAUAAUAAUAUUAGAUGCAACGAUUUAGUAAACAAUAAUAAUAUUAAUCAGAAUAUAGAUAAAUGUGAUGAAAUUAUUUAUAAUGGAUAUAUAAAUGAUUCUAAAAAUAAUACAGAUGUAGGAUCUAUAUAUUUAUCAUCAAUAAAUUUAAUUAAAGAUUCUUAUAAUUAUGAAUUUUUUUCAAAUAAAAAAAUGGUUAAUAAAUUAAAAUCUACUUCUAAUUCUAGUAUUACAAAUACAGAAUAUUUAUAA